ACGCUGAAGUGAAGAUUGUAAGAAAAUAAAGUCAUAAAUACUUCUCCAUUUGAAAUAGGUGCGGGAUAAAUUAUUUAUUUUUAUUGGUUGCUGUUGACACCCCUGUCACACUGUCACACCCCUGCCAUUGCAGAGCUGUGCGUGUCAAGCAAGAUCAUUUUUUUUGAGGGGGACAGGAUUUCCUUUACAUUAAGAAUGUGUGAGUAGGACAAAGCUGCAUGGCAGCAGAGUUCCAUACUACUGAACAGUGCCCUUUUGACCUGAAACACACCCAGCUGGCAGCCAUGAAGACAUCUGGAUGCAGAAUCCUCCUGUUCAUCCUUUCCCUCUCAUCCCUGCUUUGUUACAUCUUCUUGGACCCGGCGCUCUAUCUGCAGGAAGCUCAACCAGCUGUCCAUCAGAGAAACAUCAGCAUCCUGCUGUGGCGCUGGCCAUUUGGCCGCUCGUACAGGCUCGACGGAGACAAAUGCCUCGAGAUGUACAACAUCUGUCGCUGUUUCCUCACUGAUAACACCUCCACCUUCUCCACUGCUGAUGUGGUUGUCUUCCAUCACCAGGAGCUGAAAGAAGGGUUAUCAUCGCUGCCCCUGCACCUGGACCGCCCAUCAUCCCAGCACUGGGUGUGGCUGUCCUUGGAGCCUCCUGUCAACAAUGCAAACCUCACUCCACUCUCCGGCCUCUUCAACUGGACGAUGAGCUACAGGCGUGAUGCUGACAUAUACAUCCCCUACGGAAAAACCAUGCUUGGGCGGGAAGCACAGCGGUUCCAGGCUGCUCCUAAUCGUUCAUGCCUCGUCAGCUGGGUGGUAAGCAGAUACCGGCCUCAGCAGGCCAGGGCUGCUGUUUACCAAAGUCUAAAGAAGUACAUCCCCAUACAGGUGUAUGGCAAGUGGAACAAGAAACCCCUCUCAAACAAGAAGCUGUUGCCCACAAUUGCAAAGUGUGAAUUUUACCUGUCUUUUGAGAACUCUGAGGCAAAAGACUACAUCAGUGAGAAGCUCUGGAGGAACGCUUUCCAAGCAGGGGUGGUGCCGGUCGUUCUCGGCCCCAGCAGGGCCACCUACGAGGCAAUGACCCCCCCUGGUUCCUUUAUCCAUGUGGCUGAUUUCAAGAGUGCAGCAGAUCUGGCAACCUAUCUGAAGCAAGUGGCUGCAGACAGGCAGGCCUACGAGGAGUUUUUUCAGUGGCACCACACUCACAGGAUAAAGACCUACACUGACUGGAGAGAGAGGCUGUGUCAGAUCUGUGUGCACUUCCCAAGGCUAGCAGCCAGCAGAGUGUAUCAGGACCUGGAGAGCUGGGUUCACAGCUGACAUUGCACCUCUUCAUGCGUUCAGGUCGCUUUUUUAUUGGCACAGCUUAUGGUAUGUGGCUACUACAUGCAAACGGAGAAUACCAUACAGUGACAAUGUGGUGUGCGAUCACAUGUCAGUCUGCCAUCCAGUUAUGGUUAACAGAGAACAGAACACAUUUUAUGUAAGAUAUAUGAAAAAGCAGAAGUGGGAAUUUGUGUUAGGUUGUUAAAACAGAAGCUCACGUCACUGAUGACAGUAAAUGAGGAGUACACAUUUCUACUUCUGUUUGUUGUUGUCUGCUGAGGGCUGCAGGGGAAUAGGCCAACUAUCUGAGGAAUAUCUAUAUAUAUAUAUAUAUAUAUAUAUAUAUAUAUAUUUAUGUGUGUUAAAUAGGCACAAAAUGUACAUUUCAUUGUAUUUGUUUGGAAAAAGGGGGAUUCUGGACCUCAUCUCCUUGUAUCUCUUCAUACAUUUAUUAAAUAUUGUUUACAGCCUACGUGUGUUUUGAAAGUGUUGCUUUCCAUUGGCCUAUAGGAAGACAUGUUGUGGAAGGAAACAGAUUGAGUGGUGCAUGAAAAAACUCAGUUUUCCCUGUGGUCUUUCACGUUGUGAGAAAGCACAAACUCCCUCACUAACAUUUGGCUAAAUCCUUUGUCUGUAAAGAAAGGUAAGCAUUUUACUUCAGAAUUUCCUUUACUUCAUUUAAUCCAUUUACGAAGGCAAAUAAAUGUACUAUGCAUUUCAAUUAAUGUUGCUUCUUAAAAUGAUGUUAAAAAGACACACCUCCAUGAUAUGAAUCACAGUUUCCUGUGUUCAGUCCUGGGAGCCAUCUUGUGUCAGUGCUCAAAGAGGGAGCACACCUCCAAAGCACUCCUUAUAUGUGCUGUAUGAGUAGUGUCAUAGUGCCUUGUCUUGUUUUACUUCCUGUCUUUUAGUUUCCCCCUGAUUGUCAGUGUGUUCACCUGUUGCCCUUGUGUUUCUGCUUGCCCUCCCCAGCUGUGUUUUGUCUUUGUGAUUAGUCUGUGUAUAUAGUCUUGCCAUCCCGUACGCUCCUUUUCAAUGCGUCGUUGUUGUUCACUGUCUGGUCCCCAGUCUUACUGGGUUUGUUUCUAGUUUUGUUUGCUACUUUUCUUUUGUUUAACCUUGUGUAACGAAGUAAAUAGGUUCCCUUGUAGUUAUAAAUAAAAAAUAAAGUUAUUAAACCCUG